AUGUCCCCGACGCACCGGCAUCACGGCUCCUCACGCGCGGCUCCAGCGCGCGGCUUCCGGUGUGUCCCGGUGUGUCCCGAGGAUAGAGCGGCUCCCGGUGUGUCCCGGUGUGUCCCGGUGUGUCCCGGUGUGUCCCGGUGUGUCCCGAGGAGAGAGCGGCUCCCGGUGUGUCCCGGUGUGUCCCGAGGAGAGAGCGGCUCCCGGUUGGUCCCGGUGUGUCCCGGUGUGUCCUGGGGAGAGAGCAGGAGUCCGCGGUUGCAGCGGUUCAGUCCCACCGUCUGUGGGACAAAGUUACACCGCGGCUUGAGGAGCACGUUGGAAAAAGACGAGGAUUAG